AUGGGUGAUCACCCCCGCCGCAAACAGGGCCGUCAAUACCCAUGCCGCCGCUGGCGGUUUGGGCCGUGGUCCCCGCUCCAUCCCCUCCCCAGUCCCUCUCACAGAGAGACAGAGAGGCAGAGACGAGAGAGACGAGAGAGACGAGAGAGACGAGAGAUAGACGAGAGAGAGACGAGAGUGUGUGUGUGUGUAACGCCAGAAAAUAAAAAUCCGAAAAAGAGAGAGAGAGAGAGAGAGAGAGAGAGAGAGAGAGAGAGAGAGAGAGAGAGAGAGAGAGAGAGACACACACACACACACACACACACACACACACACACACACACACACACACACAAAGGAGCCGUUGCAAGUUCUCUAAGUCACACGGGUUCUUUUUUUCUCUCUGAGUGGCGUGUCAGGCUGCGUGUGCACCCGUGCACGAUGGACUCGGAGGAGUCUGACCGCUACGACUCUGAUGCCAUUGGUUCGGAAGAGGAAGCCGAAGCGUUUAGUGCACUGCACCAUGCCCCCUCGGCCCCCAACAGCCCGGCCACCCCGGCCUUUUCCCGGCCCCGCAGUGCGCCAGCCAGCCUAAGAAACGCAGCCUCCCCUUUCAUGGGCUCCCUCGUAUUGCCCAAUGCUGAAUUGGAUGGCGGCGAGCUGAUGGGCGGAGCCCACCUACUGACCCCAGACAAUGACGAUCCUGCACACCCGCCCUGGUCCUCUGAUGAGGCACCGACCUCAAAACACAACGUCCUCGAGCAAGAAGACGACAACGAAGAUGCCCACAUUUUUACCUCCAACGUCAAACCCUCUCGAUAUUACGGAGCCAAGAGCAUGGACAGCGUGCGCUGUUACGCUUGCCAGGCCACGGGCCAUCUUGUUCGCGAUUGCCCCAAGAAGCUCGAUAGCAUGGGUUGUCGCCAGUGUGGUUACUACGACCAUCUGCGUGCCGAUUGUCCCCAAAUUCUCUGCAACCGCUGCUUGCUCGUGGGCCACACACAAAAAAAUUGCCACGUUCGGCUAGAGCGUAGCAUCCGUGAAACUUGUGACCGCUGCCACACCCCUGGACAUACCGUUGUUGUCUGCUCCGAUCUCUGGCGCCAGUACGCCAAUGUCACGUCCGACGAGGUGGCGCCCCGGGCACAGCGUCCUCAGUUUAGAGACGGCGAGUCUUAUUGUUGCAAUUGUGGCCGCACCGGCCAUUGGCAUCACGAAUGUCCCAAGCACCGCUACCUUCACGAUUGGCCCAUGUCCCCGAUUGUUGUCAACUUUGAUCGCCUCCCCAGUAACCCCGGAUCCGGCUCAGGCUAUGCCCGUGACCCCAAUCGUCACAGCAAGCCUAAAAAGCGACUGGCCCAUGACAGUGAGCGCGAGGAACCGCACAGUCACAAGAGAGCCAAGCGUCAGACUGAUGCGGCACCAUUUCAGUCCGGACACGAGACACAGACCGUGCGCAACAGCACCAAAGAGCACAAAAAGUCACGCCAUCAUGACAAACCCGACAAGAAGCACAAGCACAUCAAAUCCGAUAAGCCGCACAAGUCGCACAAAUCUGACAAGACUGCCAAGACCCCCAAGGCCGAGAAAUCAAGCAAACCAGGCAAACCCGACAAGAAAUCAAGCAAACCAGGCAAACCCGACAAGAAAUCAAGCAAACCAAGCAAACCCGACAAGAAACCUGGCAAACCGAGUAAACCUGAGAAGAAACCUGGCAAACCGAACAACAGGUCGAAGCACGACUCGCCAAAGACCAAGGCUUCUGCCUCAGCCCCGGCAUCUCGCAAGCCAUCGCCGAAACGCAAUGGCGAUUCGAACAAAGCUAAAUUCCAUGCCAAGCCCAAGAAAGGCUUCAAGCACGACAAGUCUAAAGCCAGGAAGAAAAACGGCGGCAAGGCCCAUCUUGGCGGUGGUGGUUUUAGCAAGGCUCAGUGA